AUGGUCCGGUCCACCAAGCGCAUGAUCCCCAGCUUCGCCAUUGCAGUAGCUGCAAUUCUGUCUGGCGAAAUGGUUAGAGUGGAUUUAGUUUUGCUAAGGCAUACUAAAAUAGCAUGAGACCCGUUAGGUCCUCCCAGGCAAUGUAACAGAGGAUGAGAUGGAAUGCACAGAGGGGGGGGGGAAGAGGAGAUCGUGUAUGCGUGUGUGUGUGCCUGGAUUUUUAAACAGGAAAAGUCUUUGUUCAAAAAUCCUCCAAACGACGCGGUUUGAAAGCAGGCGACUGUGUAUCCCUGGAUGUUUGAACUCAACAGCCAACAUGUCGCCCGGAGGGUGUCUCCAAGCGGUACCAAUGAGCAAUCAGUCCAGAUCUCUGUGUGAGAGGAAAAUUGUACGAUUCUUGCUUUAAAUGAACUCCUUCUCCAGGGUUGAAUAGUAGGGAGGAAAUUGCGGCUCGGGUGAGAGAUAUAGCAUGACGAUUAUGGUGGGGAAGAAGAAGAUAAUGGUGGUAGUAAUGAUGAUGAUGCUGAUGAUGAUGAUGCGGCGGAGGAGGAGGAUGAGGAGGAGAAGAAGAAGAAGAAGAAGAAGAAGAAGAAGAAUGAGGAGGAGGAGGAAGAAGAAGAAGAAGAAGAAGAAGAAGAAGAAGAAGAAGUCCCGUCAGGUUUACGCCAAGCUACUUCAGCAACGCAGAUGAUCUAA